ACGAUAAAUAAAUUUCACUCGAUAAUUUCAUAUUAUUACAUGAACAAUAAAUAUAAAAACAACAAUUUUCUACCUCUAUCAAAAACAAUUUAUCCAUUUUUUUAAAAACAUUUAUCGUUUCACUUUUUACGAAAUAUGCCUAAAACUACACUCACUUCCGAACAGAAAAAAUUAAUAGACUUCGAAGAAAUUACACCAGAUAGACACGAUUUUGCUGUCAUAUUAUUUUGCAGCCGAAUUAUCGUACGAAUACAAAUUAAAUGUUUCGAAGAAACUGAAACAUUUUUGAAUAAUGAUAUCAAUAAUAUCGUCCGUAAGGAAGCUGAAAGCUUUUCCGAAAGACUUGGAUGUUUUAUCGAUCAAAUUAAAGAAACCGAACAUUGUUACAAUUCAAACGCAACGAGUAUGGAUUUCAAAGAGAAAAUAGCGUCAUCAGAAUUCCCACUCAAAACUAUUAUUAAUAUUUUAAGUGAGGAAUUAUCCUCUAGACCCCGUAAAAUCAAUCCACCACCCGUCAAACGGUUAUAUAAAAAUUUAAUCAGCUUAGCUGAUGAUUUAAGAAAGUAUUUCGUAAAUCGUGAACAUAAUAACGAAAAAAAGCAUAAGAUCCGACCAAUAUAUUUUUCAGAAAAUUAUUUUAUAUAUCAAGAAGGAACCCCUAAAGGAGAUGAUGAGAACUUUAUAUCAUUCCCCGUGACUUUAGUUUGGUUACCUACGUUGACCUUCACGGAUGAGAUUAAUCAAAAAAUGCAUCGGCUUUUCAUCUUCGAAAGAAGCCCGAAUUUUUAAGUAAAAGAGCACCCACAUUUCGAUCACAAUUAUUAAGAAUGAAUGGUGUUCAAAAACGGGUCAAUAAAAGUAAAAUGGAAAAAAAGAUCCAGAAAACAACGAAAAUUCCAAAAAAUAGACGAAGGAAAUACUGCACAUCAUAUGAUGACAUAGAAUAUCCUUCGAUAGAACCAAUUGAACCGCCAGUACCCAUGACUUCAAUUAGAGCAAUCUUAAAUCAUAGUAAUCAGUUACCAUCAGUAUCAAAUUGGCAAACUACUACAAUUACCGAAACACAGAAUUUGGUGAAAACGUUCGAUCAAUUUAAUUUCCGAAAAUUAUGUCCGUGUAUAUUAAAAGAAUGA